AUGCCAAGACCAUCUAAAAGAAAAUUACACACAAGAAACCUAGUAAAUAGUAAAGAAAGAAAUUCUAAUGGAACUUUUGGUAUUAAAAAAACAAAAGAAUUGAAUUAUUCUUCAGUAGAAGCUCUCAAACAUGGUGACAAUGAUAUUAUCUGGGAAGAAAAAGACAUAGAACAAAUAGAAUCAGAUGAUUCUUUGACAAAAAUUCUUGAUGAUGAGUCGUGA